ACUUUAGAGAAUCUUUGUAAUGUUAACGUAUGACUAUGGAAAUUUUUAAAGGCUGUUUAGACGACAUUUCCCGUCCCGCGUCCAGUGAGCAGACUCAGAGUGAAAGACUUUGUCCGACAACUCCCUUUGAACUCGUCGUUUUGACCAAUGAUGCUCCUGCGGAUACGGAGAACCAAUGCAACUUCGAAGAACCUAUCAGCUCCACAGCUAGCGGGUUUGACAAAGAUGAACCAGGAGAAGACGUGGAACUCCAACGGGCCAUUGAAGAAAUGAACCGUCUUGAUGAAAUACUGUCAGAAAUGGUGCGCAAAGAAAAAGAAGCCAAGCGUCAAAGAAAAGCACUUCAAAUGAAACUCUGGCAGGAGCUUCUGCAGAACAAACCUGAUGGUUAUACAGAAAGCUCACAUGAAGCUUUAAACACCAGGCUGUUUUUAUCUCUGGAAGCGAUAGAGGACGAAGGGGAGGAAGAAGCAGAAGAAGAAGAAAAGGACUUUGUGGCUCUUUUCGAAACCCAGGUUCCUGACUGUGAUCAGGUCGGACUCGGCCGAACUCUGGAGCAAAGUGAAAAGGGAGCACUCAGCUGGACCGAGUCCCUGGAGUCCGGGGACGAGCCGUUUGAAAACAGCCACUGUGGAGCUUCCAGAGGGACGAAAAAACAAAAGGACUUUGUCAAGAGAAACAUUGAGUUGGUGAGUGGUGAGGGGGGCCAAACGCUUUUGACUGCGGCAGAGAAACAGCGCCUGGCUGAGCUCCUAGAAGAAAUGGACGAAGAGGAUGUGGACAGUGCCAGAGGUGCAGACACAGAGGAGGACAUGUGGGCUGUGUCAGUCUUGACAGGACAAGGUUACACCCCCGAGCCCUCCGACCUGGAGCAGCUGAUUGACAUCGACUCCAAAAUGCGCCUCCUUCUCCCAGAUGAAGAAUUUCACUCGGUGCAAAGUUCCUACACAAACUUAGGCAUGACCCAGGGCCGUGGAUCAGAGGUUGGCUGGAAGUGCAGUGGGGACCAGCAGCCAGGAGAGAAGGUCCUGCAGGACAUAAAGGAGAGGAGAAAGCAGGAGCAGCAGCUCCAAAAGAUCCAACAGCAGCUGGAGAUCCUGGGCCGCAGCCCAGAGACGAGUGUGAGUCCAGAACAGAUACUUUCAUUCACACAAAAACACACACAGUCUUCAAGAGUCAUCACAGCCGAGUGCACGCUCUUUGUAAACACCGGUUCUGACCCGGGGGUCUUCAACCUUCAACACCAAAAGAGCAAUAGUUCAUAUUUUAUGACAAAAUCAAAUUCAUCCAGAAACAUUUUAACAGUGUAUGUAAAAUCCAUAAUGCAGUGUGGAAAGUUUCAAAUACUGUAGUUAUAUUCCAGGAAU